UCGCUGUAGAGUCCCUGUUUUUCACCAUGCAGCCCGAGCCACUCUGCGCAUCAAAACUAAACAAACCUCUCAUAUGGAACUUGGGAUCGGACUUGCCAUAGAGAAGGCCCUCAGCAGUGUCAUUCUCCUCAGGGGUCUGGACGAACGCGGUGUGGAAUCUGCGGCGAGGAAUCGUGGAACGCUGAGAAGCCCGUGGCUUUGAAGGUCUUGCCGCGGGGCUUGGCGGGCUCCGACCCGCUGUUCCAAAUACAAACGGUCGGCGCGGUAGGCGCGCCUGAGCGCAGGCGUCGGGCUGCAGGCGCUCGUUGCUGGAGGCAGAGCACCGACGGCUGUUUCUGGUUGCACGAGCUACCUCUUCUCGCUGUUGUGCGGCGCCAGAGGCCUUCGGAGCCAGCUUCUUUGCUCGGCGGCUGCUGGAUCCAAGCUGUACUUGUAUCUUACUCUUCUUCAAAAUAUUUAUUCUGCUGAUACUGAAGAGGAUGUGUUCCAGGGACAUACUUUGUUGUCAGAAAUUCCAUUACCAGAGGAGCUUCAUUCCCAGAGGAUUCAUUACUCAAGGUGAAAAAUUAGGUUAUUUCAAAAGCUGGAGCUGAAUCUAAUGUUAAAUAAUGGCAACAGGUGACUUAAAAAGAAGCUUACGGAACCUGGAGCAGGUGCUGCGCUCAUUAAAUUAUCCUGAAGAGGUGGACUGUGUAGGUUUGAUAAAGGGAGAUACAGCAGCGUCUUUGCCCAUCAUCAGCUAUGCCCUUACCUCAUAUUCACCUUAUGUAGCCGAACUUCUGAUGGAAUCUAAUAUAGAGCUCAUAGCAAAGAAUGACUUGCGCUUUAUAGAUACUGUCUAUAAGCUUCUUCGGGAUCAAUUUAAUUAUAAACCAAUCUUGACAAAAAAGCAGUUUAUCCAGUGUGGAUUUGCCGAAUGGAAAAUCCAAAUUACUUGUGAUAUUUUGAAUUGUGUGAUAAAAAAGCAUAAGGAGUUGAGUAGUCUUGACAAGACUCCAUCACAACAAAGAAAAAAAAUCAGUUCUGUUAAGUCAGAACCUUCUUCAAGCAGUGAGAAGACAUCUACAGAACCUGUUGGUAUUGAUGUCACUGGAAGGUUUAUAACUUCAGGAAAGAAGAAAGCGGUGGUGAUCCGUCACCUGUAUACUGAAGAUAGUGUUAAAAUCCCUGAAGAUAUGUUAAGUACAGUCACAGAUGUUAAUGAAGCAUUUGAUGUGUGUGGCUUAAAGCCCAGUGAAAUAACCAUUCCUGAAGUAGAGGUCCCUGAAAUCAAGUCUGAUCAGCAAGACAUAAAAGGUAGUCCUGAGAUUACUGCACUGCAGAGUAAGCUUGCAGAAUGCCAAGAAAAGCUUACGAAACUAAGUUGGAUAGAGAGUAGAUUAGACUGUUUGGAAGAAAAAAUGAAAGGAAAAGUGAUGGUGAAUGAAAAAACCUGGACGAAUCUCCUAAGUCGCGUCACUCUUCUUGAAACAGAAAGGCUUUUGUCUAAAAAGAAUGAUGACUUUGUAGACUUUAAUGAAGCUAAUGAAGACUACGCUUCUUCUAGUAGUGACAUGGAUAUUCUGAAGCCUGAUAGAAAAAGCAAAAAGGAGAGGCAAGCAAGUAUCCCUCUGUCCUCUGGCUAUAGUACAGUGUCGUCAGAUUCAACUCCCAGAGCCUCAACUCUUAACUACUGUGGUUUGAAAGACAUUUCAGAGGAAACAACAAUCCAGAAAAUGGAAAGGAUGAAAAAAAUGUUUGAAGAAACUGCAGAGUUACUGAAAUGUUCAAAUCACUAAUUAUAGAAUUUUCUGCAUGAACUUCUUAAGGCCUUUGGCUAUUGUAUGUGUUGUAUAUUCUAAGAAUUCUCUAUAAAUUGUAAUAUAUGGCAAUAUUUUUAUUAAGAAUUGGAAUUCCAUUUGGUAUAUGAGUUUUUUCAUUCAAUAUUGAAUAAAUAUUUAAUGUUUUAUGAUAUGAUUAUACUGCUUUACUCUGUUUUACUUUUCUUAGGAAAACCUGUGUGCCAAUGCAUUUCUUUUACAGAGUGAAGUCAUUAUAGCACUGUAUUUUGGUGUUGACAUUUGUUGGCAGUGGGCUAAGUAAUCUACUUUUUAAAGUACAGGCUUGAGGACCCCGGUUCACAUCCUGUUGGAAACACUCCACCUGGGACUUGCGUAUUGUACCCAGGAGGCUCUUGCACAUACCGUCUUGCCAUCUGUGCUGACGAAUAUAUUGUAAUGAAAAGUUAAAAAUUCUCAUUGAAAAUUAAAUAAAACAAAAAUACAAUGA